CACCAGCGCAUUAACGCGUGGUUGAAAACGUGCCGACAGACACACCAAUCUUGUAAUGAGCACCAACCGACCUCAAGCAGAUCCUUGCAUGGGCUUCCGCCGUCAUUUCUAAGGUUGAUCGAUGUCGAGUCCCGCCUAAUGGUGCAAACGCUGCAUUGCGUACCCUUUGUCACUCUCUCUUAUGUCUGGGGAGAGGCGGCCUCACACACCUUUGAGGAAAAGACGCUGGAAUCCGAGUCGUAUCGUGUGAGCGACGACGUAUAUCUAAUGGAUAAACAGCCAAUCGCUCUUCUCGAAGGAGACCUUCCUCCAACUUUCGAGGACGCCAUUAGUUUCACAAAGCGCCUAGGAGAGCGAUACAUCUGGAUCGACGCUUUUUGUAUUCCUCAAGAUGAACCCGACAUUAAAGCACAGCAAAUCUCGCAGAUGGACCAUAUUUACUCCAGCAGUAUCUGUACCAUCGUUUCGCUCGAGUCGGGCGUCGAGGGAGGACUGUCAGGAUCCAGCCCCCGGUCCCCGAGAAGUGUCGACCAAUAUUUCUAA